AUGGCAAAGGGUACGAGUCAUAUUGAAAGGCCACAAGAGUCGACAUCAUUUAACGAUAACGGUCCAGAAAUAUCAAGACCACUCUCCACUGCGACUUCCAUCUCUUCAUCUUCUUCAUUUACUCCCAGAAUUACACGAUCAUCCGCGCGGCAAGCUGCCAACUCUUCAGAAUCAUCGGCCGGUUCCUCUGCUUCUGCGACUGCAGCAACUGCAGCAGUAGCUCCGCCAGGUCGUUCUUCAGCCCCAUCACGAAAGCGUAAAGCUACUGUGCGGGAACCAAGUCCCGCUCUAGAACCUGAACCCACAAAGGCAACUCCAUCCAAGCGUUCGAAGCGUCAGAAGGUCUCAGAACCCGAAGUUCCAACACCCGCUCCUGCUUCUGCCGCAUCUUCUCGUCGAAAGAACGCAAAAGCUCCUGCGGUUAUGUCUAGUCACAGGAAAGUCAAGGUCCAUUCGGAGCAUGGUCUAGUAUCUAACAAUAUAUACAGUGAUUCUGCUGGUCCUUCCAAUGAACCAUCAAAUACGGCUGCUAGUUCCUCCAGGCGCAAGUCUAAUAGAAAUAACAAGAAAGACGCCUCCAGCAGCACCCCAAGCUCAAGUAAAAAGUCGAAGAAAUCCGCCACUGCUGCUAAGGAUGCAGACACUACAAUGAACGAUGCAGAUGAUAAGCCUCCCCCACAUCCACUCGAUGACGAUGAUCCCAGCGAUGACAACGAUGACGAUGAUAUUCCUCGAGACUACGAUGGCGGUGAUGAUGACGAUGACGAUCCAUUCGGCGGCUUCGGUGGACCUGGCGGACCACCUCAUGGGUUAUCCAGCACUCUGCGAGCUUUGAGUGGCAUGAUGUCUGGAGUUUCCUCUCGACUGCGCGACAUUUUGACACAAUUGAAGCAAAAAGAUGACCCAUCCAUUCAAUUGAUAGCUUUACAAGAACUUUCUGAGAUACUACUUGUUUCUACCGAAGACAAUCUGUCCGGUCACUUUUCUCCGGAUGCCUUUGUCAAAGAACUGGUGGUUUUGAUGCAACCUGCUGACUUCGGAUUUGGGGAGGCAAAUCCUGAGAUAAUGCUCCUUGCCUGUCGAUGCAUUGCCAAUUUGAUGGAAGCUUUACCUGCAAGCACUGCUAACGUUGUCUACGGUGGCGCCGUCCCAGUUCUCUGCCAAAGCAUUUUAGAAUUAACUUUCAUUGAUAUAGCUGAACAGGCUUUGAGUACCUUGGAAAAAAUAUCUAUUGAAUAUCCAGCAUCAAUCGUCCGCGAGGGAGGAUUGACAGGUUGUCUAACAAAUCUUGACUUCCAUAACACAAACACACAAAGAACUGCGGUCACUACUGCUGCAAAUUGCUGCAGAAAUAUUCCAGAGGAUUCAUUCAACGUAGUCAAGGAUGUUAUGCCCAAUUUACUAAGCGUUUUCAAUUCUAACGAUCAGAAAGUCGUUGAGCAGGGCUCACUCUGUGUAACUCGCAUUGUGGAGAGCUUCAGGUACCAUCCAAGCAAGCUUGAGGAGCUCGUCAGCCCCGAUUUACUACGAGUCAUUCUUCGUCUUUUGCUCCCUGGAUCUACCAAUCUUAUUGGCGCUAAUAUUCAUACACAGUUUCUUCGCGUUCUUGCUUUCACAGCAAAGGCGAGUCCUAAACUGUCCGCCGAACUUUUCAAAAUGAACGUUGUUGAAACAUUAUAUCAAAUUUUGACUGGUGUUUCGCCACCCAGCGCCACAGAAGACGUAGCAUCAAAGAUUGACAGCGUUGUGAUCAUGCAAGCCUUGAUCCACAGACCACGAGAACAGGUUAUUGAGACUCUGAAUGUUAUAUGUGAGCUUUUACCUGGAAUUCCACGAAGUGGCAAUUCAAUGUUCGAUGACGAUAUUGACACCGAAUCUCCAUCGGGAGCAACAAAUGUAUCAUCUGGUUCAAGAAAAAAGUCCGCAAACGAGAUUCGUAUUGAACUUUUGGAGGGCUGUAGAGAAGAGGUCAAGAGAUUUGCGAUCAUUCUCUUUCCAACCUUAACGGAUGCGUUCUCUAGCACCGUCAAUCUCCACGUUCGCCAAAAGGUUCUCAACGCUCAGCUCAGAAUGCUUUCUAAUCUUGACAAAGAUAUUUUGAUGGAGGCUUUAAGAUCAGUUCCAUAUGCAUCAUUUUUAGCUGCAAUUCUCUCGCAACAAGACCACCCUAGCUUAGUGGUCUCGGCACUUCAAGCUACGGAGCUUCUUCUAGUCAGCCUCGAAGACAUAUAUCGUUACCAAUUUUACAGAGAGGGAGUAAUUGCUGAAAUCACUAAGCUAGCCACUAUCGAGGAAACCAAGACUGAAAACAAACACCCGUCUGCGGAAACAAUCGAGUCUAAGCCUGCUACCACGCAAGCCGAUGCAGAUCGUAAAAUCUCUGAAAAGGCGGGUAAAAAUGGAGAGGCUCGUAACGAAGAUCACAACUCGUCAGAUGAAGACAACGAAGACAACGAGAAUAACGAGGACGAAAUGGAUAAUGAUAUCGGACAUAACGAUGAUUUACAAGAUGAUGUAACAGCUUCUCCAGUUAGCUCUCGUGGCUCUACAAUGUCAUUGGAUGGUCUUCAUCGACAUGCAUCAUCAGAUCCAAAGACUAUGGUGCAUAUCAUUGCCGCCCGCGCCCAAAAGUUCCUUGACAUUCAUGAGAACGAGAAGAAUAGUAAGGCCAUGAAGAAGAAGGCGAUCAAAUCUUGA